AUGGGUACGGUAAUGAAUCACCGCAGAAUGCAUAGUGCUGUGGGUGAAAGGGAAAUCAGGCCACCAGAUGAGAAUGAUGUGCAGAAAAGACAAGAGCAGCAGUGCUUGACAGCACUCUCCUGCAGAGGACGUUGCUUUGAAGCCUUUGAAAGAGGAAGAGAGUGCGACUGUGACAUAGACUGUGAAAGAUAUGGCAAAUGUUGCCCAGAUUAUGAUCAACACUGUAAAGAGGUACACACAGAAAAGCCAUCACCUAAGACUCCUCCACCAAACAAACCAACAUCCAAAAAUGAGGAAGAGAAGCCAGAGGAAGUAACACAGCCCCAUGAAGUUAUGGAAGGUACUGACAGUGGACUGGAAAACCCAGUGACCACGACUGCUCCAACAACAACAAAACCUGAGACAACCACACCACUGAAAGCAACUACCAGAGAGACCACUCCUGCAACCACAGAGGCACCAACCACCGAGGCUGACUCUCCCACCACCCCCAAGCCUGAAGACACCACCCCAGAGGCACCAACCACCAAGGCUGACUCUCCCACCACCCCCAAGCCUGAAGACACCACCCCAGAGGCACCAACCACCAAGGCUGACUCUCCCACCACCCCCAAGCCUGAAGACACCACCCCAGAGGCACCAACCACCAAGGCUGACUCUCCCACCACCCCCAAGCCUGAAGCCGCCACCCCAGAGGCACCAACCACCAAGGCUGACUCUCCCACCACCCCCAAGCCUGAAGACACCACCCCAGAGGCACCAACCACCAAGGCUGACUCUCCCACCACCCCCAAGCCUGAAGACACAACCCCAGAGGCACCAACGACCAAGGCGGACUCUCCCACCACCCCAAAACCUGAAGAGACAACCCCUGUAGCCACAGAGGCACCAAUGACUGAGGCAGACUAUCCCACCACCACUAAAACUGAAGAUAUGACCCCCGAGGCCACAGAAGAACCAGUGACCGAAGUGGACUUUCUCACCACUCUGAAGGCAGAAGAACCAACCCAUGAAGUAUCAGAAGUACCAGUGACCGAGGCUGACUAUCCCACCACAGUUAGGGUUGAAGAUAUGACCCCUGAAGCCACAGAGGAACCAAUGAUGGAGACAGACUCGCCCACCAACCCCCCAGAAGAUGAAGAAAAAACUGCUGUGCCCACAGAGGCACUAACAACCAUGGCAGACUCUCCUACAACUCCUAAACCUGAAGACACAACCCCAGAGACCACAGAG